AUGAAUUCCAUAUUGGAAGCCCCCGCUUCACCAGGCUUUUCACUCAGAGUUAAGGUCUUUACACCAGAUGCUGCCGAGGAACAAGAUCGCCCAAUUCGUUGCUUUCGAGUUAUAACUUCGCCGAAUAUUACCAUACGAGAGUUUUGCACGGAAGCUUCGAGAGUUCAUGAAAUCAAUUAUGGCCAGCCACUUGCGAUCAAGAAGUGUAUGGAUGAUGAGUUAUUCGACGUCACCCAAAACGAUAUGCUAGGACCUCUAUUUCCCAAUAUGUCUACGAUUCGAAUCAUAAAAGCCCCCAACAGACCAAAUAUUAGAGAUUCUCUCCCACCAACCUCAGCCCUUCGAUUCAAUCCAACAAGUGUUCUGGGUCAGAAAAGAGAUAGGUCACCUUUGAAUGGAAAUGUGGAACCUUUUUGGAAUCCUCAAAAACGUCAGAGGACGGGAAUAGAUCCGGACCACCCAAUUCCUUCUCGAGAAACAGAGCCAUGGGCCGGCGGAAGGUUAGAAGGUAUCCCAGAGAAGCCAGAGACGGUAAUUCCAGAUUCACAACAGAGUGCUAUCUUAGGUCAUGAGGAUGAGGACAAUGAUAUUGUGCCAAACGUAAGAGAAAAUUCUCCCAUGAUCUCCGAAACCCCACCCCUAUCAUCUCCAUCGCCGGUGAAGCGGAAUAUUCCAUACCAAGGCUACGCCAUAACUAAUUAUAUUACAAAGUUUUCUGCCAGUAACGCAAAUGCGCAACCAAACAGGGCUCCAAAAGGACUUAUCAGUCCGUUCCAAGAACCUCCGCCACGAAUCCAGGGUAGAUCACAGAACAGUGCAGGAGUGAAAGGUGCUAGUUAUCACAUUCAGAGGGCUACUGACAGGGGACGUUCCACUUCAACAACUGCGACAAGUCCAUUGGCAGGCGAACCACAACUUCCUCCACAUAGCCGCUUGAAUUCUAUCAAGAAGCAGAAACCUUCAGAAACAGUUCUGCCAGGCGCAAAAUCGAGCAAUCCCAAGAAUCGAUCACCUCGAACCGAAAGUAACAUAUAUGACGACUUUGGUUCGGAUACUGAGGAGCCAACAGUCAAACAAUCAAAACUUAAGCUCAAGAAAAGUCUACCAGCAGGAUUGCCCGGGCUUGAAAAGUUAUCCAAUUCACCAUCAAAAAAUAAUCGCAAUACUACAAAAGCCGUCGAGUCGGUCUCUGCUCCCAGCCAGCUCCCCUUAACGCCAAACAGUAGAGCACGCGAGAAUGAAAUGCGCCAAAGGAAAGAAAAUGAAGUAGCAGCCAAGGAAGCGCGAGCCUCAGCAGCAAAAGCUGCCGAAGAACGUCGACGUGAAUCCGAAGCUGUGGCAGCUAAAGCAGAGCGGAUACGUAAAGAAAAGUCAGAGGAACGCAAGGCGGAAGAGGAACAGAAGCAAGCUGUGAGAAGGCAAAAGGGAGAAGCUGCUCUUGAAGCGCAAAAACUAAAGGAUGAGAAAGAGAGAUUGCGCAGACAGAUUGAAGAAGACGACAAAGCACAGGAAAAGGAGGCAGCUGAAGAGGAGUCUAGAAAGUCGAAGGCCAUUGAAAAUUCUAAGAGAGCAUCCAAUACCCCACAGGGAAGUAGAAAAGUUACCCCUGUCAGCAGACGAAACACCCCUGGCAUCAUACUCCCUCGUCAAUCAUCCACUCCCCAUUAUCCAAGAGGAAAGAAGUCGUCUUUGAAAACAUCACGUUCUUCGCAAAGUGUGACAAGCUCAUCACCAGCUCCCAAGGAUACCAGUCUAGAAGCUCAGAUGCCUUUGCCUAGGCGAGUCUCCUUUGAUAUCAAUGAGACAAUCACUCCUGCAAAACCACAACCCAAGAAGACUUCAGUUGAUACGCCGAAAGGAAAAAUAACACCCACAAUCGCUUCUAGUCAGCUUCCGGCGCAAAAUCAAACACCGAUACCGUUACCUAAAACUUUCAGGCGACCUGAUCGUAGUACAACUCCAGUCAGACAACAAUCCGCAAAACCAUCCGCCAUGAAUCAACCUCCAUUGAUUGCAGCUCGGCCGGCCUCAAAGUCGCGAUCUGCAACGCCUAAGCCUUUACCCCCACCAGAACUUAAGAGUAUUUCUACUGAGCCUAAGGACUUAACAAAAAAAACUGUCACGCCGGAGCCAAGAAAAGCAAUCACUACAACAUCCAACCGAUCAAUACCGGCCAAAGAAAAAUCAAAGUCGUCAGUAAAACCUGCCGAAGUCCCGCUUCCUCCGAGUUCAGAUAGCUCCGACUCAAAAGUUUCCGAUUCCGAGGAAGAGGUACCAAUCAAGCCAGACCUAAAAAAAUCUAUCAGUCCUGAAACUCUACGAGCCGAAGAGCCAGAAAUCAGCAAUGCCCAAUCUGAUGAAGAUGUAGAAAUGGGCGAAAAUCAAUCAUCCCCACGCGAGAGUCGAUCGCCAGUUGUAUUUCAUUCUAAUGCACCAUCCGGUGAUGAGCGUAAAUCCCACACUAAGCUCAAAAAAACCUCGGGCUCAGUUUCUUCCUACGAGGAUGAAUCUUCUGAUGAAGAAGAAUCGGAGGACGAUACCGUCGAAAAGGAAAAUGACACUAAAGUCAAGACGGAAAUCAAGGAGACUCAAGAAAAUUCAGAAGAUGAAGAUGUCAGUGAUAAAGAUGAUGUGGAAAUGCCCGACGCUCCAGCACAACGGUGCAGUCCAGAUUUGCCAAGCCAUGCCCGGAGGAAUAUGAUCUCUCCUACAAAAACCACAAACCAACGUAAGAGUUCUAGUAGCGAUGGGGAUAAUACCCAAGACGAAGUUGAUCUCCAACUAACAUCUGAUAUUUUCGAAGCCCAAGGUCCAUUUUCUUCACCCGCCAAAAGACCAACUUUCAAACCAAGCUUUAGCUUCGGCGCAAGUUUGUCGUCUCUCAAUAGCCAAAAAGGAGCAAUGUUCAGACCUAAACCCUCAACAAAUGGCCAGCUCGCCAAAUCCAAAUUACAAAUUUCAUCUCAAAUGUUGAAGAAGGAUUUCUCGGAAUCGGAGUCUGAAGAGGAUAGUGAUAGUGAUGAUAGUUCCAACGAUGACGAUAUUCCCAUUCCAGCAACCUCGCAAAUCAUCCCCACUUCUGCCCAACCCAAAGGUCUAAGCGCGCAAACGACUAAUAAAUUUAAGAACACUGGCAGUGAUUCGGAAUCCGAUUCCGACAGUGGUUCCGAUACUGGUAGUGCACAAAUGGAGGAAAUGAGAAGGUCAUUGAUGGCGCAAGUUUCUGAAUUUGGAAUGAGUGCUAGUCAGAAUGUUUUACCCCAGAGCCCCCAAAUCUCGGUUAAUGGUGGGGUAGGCAAAGGAAAGGGGGGGAGUGUGGUGCUUGGCAAGGUAAAUGGAAAUGCGAAGGGUUCGAGAAAUGCGGGGAAGGAGUUUGCUAAGAAGGGCAAGGAUAGGAUUACUAAUGGGUAUGAUUUCAAGAAUUAUGGAUCUUUUAAUUGA